CACACAAAUUGCGUCAUAUCUGUGCGCCGACCUGUCAUGCUGCACUGACAUUUACCGGGCUAAAGUGUCAACUGUUGGUAGAUAAUAAUGUGCUGUUUAUUAAAUUAUUAGAGAAUAUGAUCUCGUGUUUUGUAUAAGAUGUGGAAUAACGUCGGAAGGCUCUCGACCAUGGCAUGGUUGAAACUCUCCAUUCCUGGAUCUUUAAGGUCAGGUUUCCAUGGCAUCCAGAGGACAAGAAACCCCCAGGUGAGAUGCAUCUCCCAGGUCGUGUUCAGGACAGACUCAACACCCCGACCUGCUCCCUCUCUCAGCUCCAGAGGCGUCACGCUCGUGCCAGCUUUGUACCUGCACUGUGUGCGGCGUGUGAGCACGACCAGUUCCGGGUGGUACGAGAGCGUGGCGGAUUCUGCUCCUGUCCACUUCACCGAGCAGCUCCUGAUCUCCAGCCAGCAGACGACGAUGCUGCCGUGGUGGGCGGGGAUCAUCUGCACUACGCUGGCACUGCGCACUGUCGUCACUCUGCCGCUCGCCAUCUACCAGGCCGCUAUCAUCGCAAAGAUCGAAGCCUUGCAGAAGGAAAUAACAGAUUUAGCACAACGGCUACGCUAUGAGAUCUCCAUCAGGGCCAAGGAGAAGGGCUGGUCCGAGAAAACGUGCAGGUACCAUUUUAAGAAGAAUCUGCGGCGGAUCGUGUCUGAGCUGUACGUGAGGGACAACUGCCACCCGUUCAAGGCCAGUUUGCUAGUCUGGGUGCAGUUGCCCAUGUGGGUGUGCGUCUCUCUCGCCCUGCGUAACAUCAGCGUGGGUUUGGAACACAUCCUGUCUGGAUUGCAGCAUGAGCUGGCAGCAGGUGGCACUCUCUGGUUUCCGGACCUCACGGUACCGGACUCCACCUGGAUCAUCCCCGUGUCUCUGGGUCUCAUCAACCUGCUCAUCACUGAGGUAUAUGCCCUGAGCAAGCUCGAACAGUCAAAGUUCCAGAAGUACGUGACCAACUUCAUCAGAGGACUCUCUCUAGUCAUGAUUCCUUUAGCCGCCACCGUCCCUUCAUCCAUGGCACUGUAUUGGUUCAGUUCCAGCUGCAUCGGUCUAGGUCACAACCUCCUCCUACGUUCUCCACGUUUCCGCGCUCUCUGCCGAAUCCCACCUUCGCACUCGGACUCUCACACUCCCUACAGGGACAUCGCUGCUGCCUUCGUGGCUAAAUACAUUAAAUAAACUAAACAAAACAUCACUGGUCAGAUUUGGCAGAAUGUCGUUCACCAUCUAUCUCCUCUUCUCCGGGACAACUUGGAGGACGUUUGUGAAAAGCAAACUGUAAACAUAAAGACAAGAAUUUCUGGAAUGCAUAGUUUUGGUGUGGAGGUAGAAAUAUUUAUAAAAGACUCCUAAACCAUCCUGUUAACUUUGUGUGGGGGUAAACUCUCUUCUCUUCACUGUCCUCUUCUUUCUUUUGCUUUAGUUGUGAAAAUUAUCAGUGGAAAAGGAUUUUGAAAAGUUUUUUUUUUAGUUUAUCUAAGUUUUAAUUUUAAACUUUAUCUAAACUUUUUGUUUUGCAUUUUGGGAAUAAAUUUUCAUUUUUAAAUUCAUCGUAGAUGGAUGGAUAGAUAAGAUAAUAAUAAAUAAUAAAUGAGCUAAAAUGUUUUCAGAGGUUAGGAUCAUGUUAAAAUGUUUUUUGUUAUCUGCUAUAUUAAAACAUGAGAGAAACAUUUUUCCUCCUGUAAAUCUUGGCUGGACAGAAUCCCACAUCCAUGAUCUUCUGUAACUUUUCACAAUUUUCACCCUUCCAGAUGUUGUUUUGAAGUUGAAUCCAAAAUUAUGAAUUAAUAGAGAGAUUGAAUCCUCUUCAGAAAUGCAUUAUACUUGUAAUUAAUUUGGAAUUGUUGAAUUGAAAUCAUAGAUACUUAAACGUGAAAUUCAUUUUCAAAUUUGAAAUUUGUGCUACCUUCAAUUCCUCCUAGGAAGUUCGUGUGUACGAGUUCGGAUGUCGUGAUUACGAAGUGGUUUCAAGUUGUGUUAAUUACUCAGUAUCGUAAGUAUGGGGUGAAUGCACUUAAACGCUAUGACAGGGGGCGUGUCUAUAACAGUAAUCAUUGCAGUCAACCAUAUAAAAGUGUGUAAUCACAACCUCCAAACUUGUAUGCACAAACAUCCAAGGAGGACAGGAAGGCAGCAUGCCAUCAAGUGGGUUUUUUUCGGGACAGUGUUGUUGUUGUUUUGUUGUUUUUUUGUUUGUUUGUUUUUUGUUUGUUUGUUUUUUUUUGGGGGGGGGGUAUUUUUGCAUUAUCACUGACAAGACGUUUAUUUUGCCUAGAAAAUGAACAUGCCAAAUGACCAAAAAUUAUCAUGUUAUUGAAAUUCGAAAGUUGGAUGAAAAAUGGGAGGAAAAGUUCCCGAGUUCAGGCUGCGCUCAUUUCAUAAAUAUGAUAUUUUCUAUUUUUUAGGGAAAAUUAAGAAAAUUAUUCCGAUUAACCCCAAAUAAUGAUCAGCUGUUUCUGAAUUUCUUUCCACAUCUUUUUGGUUUCAUCUGACUGCUGAGGCCAUGGUCUGCAAAGAACUGACAAAGCAUGUACAUUAUCUCACUUGUUGAAAGAUAGUUUAAGUUUAAAAAAUGUCCAAAACAUUAGAUGUGCUAUGGAACUCUGAAGGCCCUCAUCAACAAGUGGAGAAAAUGGAGCACCACAGUGCCAUAACCUUGAACAGGACAUUUCUCCAAACUGUAUAAAAGGACAAGAAAAAUCUUACCAGGGAGGCUGCCAAGGGACCAACGGCAACAUUAAAGGUGCUGUAGGAAUAUCUGCCAAGUACUGAUUACUCUCUGCAUCUGACAACAUCCUUUCAUAUUCUUCACAUGUCUGGGAUAUGGGGUAGGGUGGUUAGACGGAAGCCCUCUCUCACAAAAAAAACAAACAUCCAAGCCCAACUAAAUCAUGCCAAACCACGUGGAGAACUGUGUUCUGGUCUGAUGAGGCCAAUUCCAAAAGGUAUAAUAAUUCCAUAAUUACAAAAGGUUUGUUUAGUGCUUAAGAAAGCACGUCAACAAAGGUACACCAUACCCACGGUGAAGCAUGGUGGUGGCAGCAUCAUGCUUUAGGGCGGCUUUUCUUCAGCCAAAACUGGGGCUUUUUUUCAAGGUGGAGGGAAUCAUGAAUAACUACAAAUACCAGCUGAUAUUCGUGCAAACCCUUCAGGUGUCUGCUAGUAAGCUAAAGAUGAAAAGGAAUUUCACCUUUCAGCUCGACAACGACCCAAAGCAAACAUCCAAAUCAACAAAGGAACGGCUUUACCAGAAGAUGAUCAAUGUUUUGAAUGAUCUAGCCAGAGCACAGACCUGAAUCCGAACUAAAAAUCUAUGAGGUGACCUGAAGCAGGCUGUGCACAGGAGAUGCCCAUACAAUUUGAAAGGUGUAGAAUGUUUUUGCAAGAAAGAGUGGGAAAAUAUUGCCAGGUCAAGAUGUAUCACACUGAUCGACUCUUAGCCAAAAAUACAGAGCGGUGUAAUAAAAUCAAAAGGUAGUUCAACAAAGUAUUAGUUUAGGGAUGUGCACACUUAUGCAACUAGGAUAUUGUAUGUUUUUGGUUUGGGGUUUUUUUUCCCCUUUUUUUCACAAAAAGUUUCUGAUUGUAUUUGAAUUUAUUUGUAUACUUUGUAAUGUCACAAUGAAUGUGGGAAAAGUUCUGA